AUGUUUAUUGUGUACCCAUAACCCCAAGUUUAUUUGGUCUAACAAACAGUCCCUGUUUAUUAAAGCCUACCUUUCAUUAGAGUAAGAUUUGCUUUUGAAAUAGCCACCUACAUCAGUUUAACCUCAAAUUAGAUCGCAAAUCCCAGCCCAAAUAGCAAGUCCAGAUAAAUCAAGAGUCACAGAUGUUUUGAUUGAAACAAUUAACAAAAAAAUUGAAAUCAUUGAUAGCAGAAUAUGUUAGAUUUAGAAGUCAUUGCCACCAAAGUAGAAUCAAGAUGGAAAUAAUACAAAGAAAUAGCAUACCAAUACUUCGCAAGAUGAAUUUAAUUAUCCAGUGACACCAUAACGAAAUGGAAAUUACAAAAGUUAUUUCUUGAACAAAUACGACAAUUCUUAAGAGAGAAUUCGAAUUAGUAAAAAGAUUUUAGAAGAACAUGAGAGAAAUACUAAAGCAAGCAAAAAUACGUAAUCAUCAAAUAAACGAGAUUAAAGCUUCCAAUCUCAAACUAAUAAUAAAUAAACUACUUAUGAUAUUAAUAAAAAAACAACUAUUACCAAAAAGAUCAUCUAUAUGGGCGAAGAAGCCUUAUACGAGGGAUAGACAGAUGAAAGAGGUAGAAAAUAAGGAAUUGGAACUUUGUUUGAUAAAGAUGGAAAGAUUAUAUACACUGGUUAAUGGAAAGAUGAUGUUUUUUGGGGAAAGGGUAAACUAAUGUUUAGAGAAUCUAAGUCAUAGAAAUUGUAACUAAAAAACUUUAUGAACUUUUCAAAUGUAGCAAAAAAUCGAGAAACGUAUAGUGGCAAUUUUAUAAAUGGAGAAAUAGAAGGAAUUGGUUAAAUGCAAUUUAUAGAUUGUUAUGAUUCGUAUUUUGUAUUUUACGGGACUUUUAGGAAGGGAGUAUUCCAUGGAAAAGGAUGUGUUUUAUCAAAUUAAGGUAGAGAAAGUUUAGAAGGAGAAUGGGUUAAUGGUAGACAUACUUGA